AUGAGUUAUCCACCAAAUUUAAUAGAACAAGUUCGCAGAGCUUACUUGCUUAAAGGUCCGUGUCAACCAUGUAAUCAUGAUUUUCGUCCUACAGUAGAUGGAAAUCGAAAACGUAAAUUUGUCUCACAUUGGUUUGAUGAAUUUAAGGAUUGGUUGGAAUAUAGUGUUACAAAGGAAGCAGCUUUUUGUUUAUAUUGCUAUCUUUUUUCAAGACUCCAAGGAAAUGGACAAGAUGCUUUUGUAUCAGGGGGAUUUACGGUCUGGCGCAAGAAAGAAAGAUUAAGAGAUCAUGUUGGAAACCAUAAAAGUGCUCAUAACAGGUGCAGAUUAGCAUGUGAGGAUUUGAUGAAUCAAGCCCAACACAUUGAGGUCUCUUUGGCAAAACAGUCAACACAGUCUAAGCUUGACUACCGCCUGCGAUUAAAUGCAACGAUUAUUUCUCUUCGUUAUCUUAUAAUGCAAGGAUUGCCUUUCCGCGGUCAUGAUGAGUCAAAAGAAUCAUUAAAUCAAGGUAAUUUUCUUGAGUUCUUGAAAGUUAUUUCUUCUUGCAAUGAAGAGAUAGCCAGUGUUGUGCUAAAAAAUGCUCCAGACAAUCUCAAACUUACAUCACCAGAUAUUCAGAGAGAUAUUAUAAAUGCAUUUGCUGUUGAGACAACGAAAGCUAUUGUACAUGAUAUGAGAAGUGAAUUUUUCUCCAUAUUAGUUGAUGAGUGUCGAGAUGUAUCUGUCAAAGAGCAAAUGGGUGUUGUGGUGCGAUAUGUGGACAAGAAUGGAUGUGUUAUAGAACGUUUUCUUGGUGUUGUUCAUGUUAGUGAUACAACUGCAACCUCACUUGAGAAAGUACUUGAUUAUUUGUCAUCUACUUAUGAUUUAAGUAUAUCUAGUUUGAGAGGUCAAGGAUAUGAUGGCGCAAGCAACAUGAGAGGAGAAUUCAAUGGGUUGAAGAGUUUGAUACUCAAGAGAAAUUCCAGUGCUUAUUAUGUACAUUGCUUUGCUCAUCAGCUUCAGCUCACGAUUGUUGCUGUUGCUAAAAAACAUAAAAUUGUCGGAUCUUUUUAUAAUUCUAUCUCUCGUUUGUGUAAUACUGUUGGAGGUUCUUGUAAGCGCAGAGAUAUACUUCGGGAGAAACAGAGAGAGAAUAUUAUUAAAGAGAUUGCAAGUGAUGAAAUAAGCACAGGAAGAGGACUAAAUCAAGAAAUGUCAUUGAAGCGACCUGGAGAUACUCGUUGGAGUUCACAUUACGGUACUCUUGUAAACUUGAUACAUUUAUAUUCUUCUAUUGUUGAUGUUCUUGAGUAUGUUGGGGAGAAUGGUCAUGAUGAUUCAAUAAGGGCUGAAGCUGAUGAUGUGCUAGAAAUUAUAAAUAGUUUUGAGUUUGUCUUUGUGUUACAUCUUAUGAAGCAAAUCUUGAGAAUCACACAUGAACUCUCCCAAGUGCUACAAAAGAAAGAUCAAGACAUUGUUAAUGCGAUGAAUCUUGUCAAUGUAGCAAAAUCACGUCUGCAAAUAAUGAGGGAAAAAGAUUGGGAUGUAUUGCUUGCUGAUGUUUCUAAGUUUUGUAGCAAAUAUGAACUGGAAGUGCUUGACAUGGAAGAUGAGUUUGUAGCUCGAAAAAAAGGAAGACGUAGAGCUGAGAAAAUGAAGAAUCUCCACUAUUAUCGAGUUAAGCUCUUUUGUUCUGUUAUUGACUUGCAAGCUCAAGAGUUGAAUCAACGUUUUGAUGAAGUCAACACAGACUUAGUUUUAUGCAUGUCAUGUUUUGAUCCUAGGGAUUUAUUUUCUGCAUUUGAUUUGGAGAAGCUGCUUCGUCUUACACGGUAUUUUCCUUCUGAAGUUGCUUUGUCCGAGCUUAAAAGUCAACUUGAGAACUUUAUUUUCGAUCACCGUUUCCGUGGUAAACACAGCGCCGAGAUCGUCUCUUCGCUGGUUCACGCCGCUGCCCCGACCGUUCUCCUCACCGUCUCCAUCACAGCACCGUCGCUGCUCGUCUUGGCCGCUGAUUUACCGACGCGAGCUGCUGUCCGCCGGUCACGGAGCUGUUCGCACUCGACGCCGGCACCGUUGCUGCUGUUCGCGAGCUGCUGUCACGGUGCAGUCGACGUCGCAUCGCCGCUGCUGUCACUGCCUCGCUGUUCGGUAUUGCUCACCGUCGGCUGCACCAAUCAACCCGUUCGAGCAGCAGUUGUAGCCGUUUUUGAAUCUGCCGCAGCCAUUGUUGUCUCCAUCACGAACAGCCGCUGCUGUCCCGCCGUCGUGAUGACGCUGCUGUUCGUUGCUGUUUUCCCUCGGCGUGUCGCCUGCUAUGCCGAAGCCGCUGCUCCAAUUCCAGAGGCUCGAAUACCACCUUUGCAAUUUCUGCAACUACUUGCGAUUGCUUAUUCUACAUUCCUUCGCUGUUUAUGA